AUGGAGAUCUCUCUCGCACUGAGCAUUCCAGCUUCCCUCCAGGUAAUCCCAACCAAGUACAAUAUCAUCAUUCGUCUUUGGACACAUGCAUUCCGCAAACUCCUCAACCUCUUCAUGCUAUUCACUAACAUCCAACUUGACAACUUUUCGCCAACCCUCGCUCGCUUCAUCGAGCGCAUCGAAAUUGAGGGAGCCGAGGAACGCGAGUGGAUUAUGAUGGCAGGCACAGGCGGUCCAGCUGUAAAAGCUGCCAAGAAGCGUCAAGUUGCGCCCGCAUUCCGCGACGAAGACAGCGAAGAGAAACAGAUGGACGUGGAUGACGAAGGCACCUCACAAGCAUCUCCAGCUCUAUCAGACGCAAACACGCCUGCAGAGUUUCCGGUGUCAUUCGAACUGGCAUUGGAACUUGCAUUUUCGAUGCUCUCAUUCGUUCUCCGCAAUCCAACAUGGAAGGCCUCACCUUUUCCUCAGACGCUUUCCGCAAUGGAGCGUUCGAUACCUUGGCAUGAUCUUGCGCAGUUUUUUGCCAACCCUCCCCCCCACGAUAUCUUUACCACACAGGGAUUGGUCAUCCAAACUGCUGGCCGUGAGUGGUGGUCGAUGCUGACGAGUGGUUGUGCCCUACCUCUCUCCGAAGACUGGUGCCUUAGUGGGAUGGAGUGGAUCGGUCGAAAGUCUUCAAGCGUGGAUACUGGAAGAGCGGAGAGGAGAGACGAUUGA